AGAAAGAAAGGCGGGAGAUGUCCCUUGCAGAAGUAAAUCUCUGUCUGUCCUUAACUCCUUUAUACCAUUACUUCCUUUCUCCCCACCCUGUUGUAGCAGAGGAAAGGAGAAGGACAUCGGAAGUAUUCAUCAAUGGCGUCUUCUCCAACUUCUUCGUGUUCUUCUUCGUAUCAUUCUCCGUUGUCUUCCUCUCCUUUCUCAUCUCUUCCAGUUAUGGCUCUCAAAGAUAAGAUUGUUGAGAAGGUUAUGGAUAAUCGCGUAACGUUGAUCGUUGGAGAGACUGGUUGCGGGAAGAGCUCACAAGUCCCACAGUUUCUUCUAGAAAAAGGUGUGGAGCCCAUAUUAUGUACACAACCUAGAAGAUUUGCUGUUGUUGCUGUUGCAAGAAUGGUAGCAAAAAUUCGUAAUUGUGAGGUGGGAGGUGAGGUUGGAUAUCACAUUGGUCACUCCAAGGUUAUGUCAGAGAGGUCAAGAAUUGUCUUUAAAACUGCUGGGGUUUUAUUGGAUGAAAUGCGAGAUAGGGGGGUAACAGCACUUAAAUACAAGGUUAUCAUUCUUGAUGAAGUACAUGAAAGAUCCGUGGAGUCUGAUCUUGUUCUUACAUGUGUAAAGCAAUUUGUGCCGAGAAACAAUGAUUUAAGGGUAGUGUUAAUGUCUGCUACAGCAGAUAUUGCAAGAUACAAGGAUUAUUUCAAGGAUCUUGGUAGGGAUGAGAGGGUAGAAGUGCUUGCGAUUCCCAAUUCCACGCAACAAACAAUCUUUCAACGAAAAGUUCUAUAUCUUGAACAGGUUGUUGAAGUUCUUGGAAUGAAUUUUGAUAACUUAUCAGAUCGAUACUGUUCUGGUCCAAGCCCUUCAUCUUCUGACGCUGACAUCAAGCCUGAAGCGCAAAAACUUAUCCAUGAUUUGGUAUUGCACAUUCAUAAAAAUGAACCAGAUAUUGAAAAAAGCAUUUUGGUUUUCCUUCCAACAUACUAUUCACUGGAAGAGCAGUGGUUCCUUCUAAAGCCUCAUAGUUCAUUUUUCAAAGUUCACAUUCUACAUCGCAGCAUUGACACUGAACAAGCUCUCAUGGCCAUGAAAGUCUGGAAGUCACACCGUAAGGUUAUAUUGGCCACAAAUAUUGCAGAAUCAUCAGUCACAAUACCCGGAGUAGCAUUUGUUAUUGAUUCAUGCCGAUCUUUACAAGUCUUUUGGGAUAAUAACAGGAAAAAGGAAUCAGCAGAACUUGUUUGGGUGUCUAAAUCUCAGGCUGAGCAGCGCAAGGGGAGAACAGGUAGGACUUGUGAUGGCCAGAUUUAUCGAUUGGUUACUCGAUCAUUUUUCAAUAAGUUGAAUGAGCAUGAACUCCCAGCUAUAUUAAGAUUACCAUUAAGGCAACAGGUCCUUCAGAUUUGUUGUGCUGAAUCUAAAGCCAUUAGUGAUCCUAAAGUCUUGUUGCAGAAGGCUCUAGAUCCACCAGAUCUUGAUGUUAUUGAAGAUGCAUUAAGUUCGCUUGUUCACAUCCGUGCAUUGGAAAAACUUGCCACUCAUAGAGGGCGGUAUGAACCGACAUUUUAUGGACGACUGCUUGCCAGUCUCUCUUUGUCUUUUGAUGCUUCUAUGCUUAUAUUCAAGUUUGGAGACAUUGGACUGCUCCGUGAAGGCAUUUUGAUUGGUGUUUUAAUGGACACACAGCCUCUGCCCAUUCUCCAUCCUUUUGGACAGGAAAUUUUGUUUUCAGAGUACAUAGAAAACUACUUUGAUGGAAAUAAUGAGAAUGCAGUUGCUACUGGCAAAAAGGAAUUGUUAUUCAUGGGAAACUUCUGUGCAUUUCAGUUUUGGCAACGUGUCUUCAAGGAUAAGCAUCGUCUUGAAAGGCUGAAACAACUUGUAAAUUUUGAUGAGCCAAAAUCUAAAGGGAUACUUCUCUCAAAGCUUGAAGAUGAAUGGUGUUCUUUCCACAAUCUUGUGCAAUCAUCACUUCAUCAUGUUUCAGAAAUAUAUGAUGAUAUACUAAAUGCUCUACACCGUUUUCGGCCCAAAUUUCUGGUCACGUCAGAUGGACUACCUUCUUAUUAUGAUCCUUACGAAUUUGAACAUACUUGUCUCCUUCAAUCUCAGCAAGCUACUAAUGUAGAUGCACUUGUGACGGAUGAUGAAGACCUUGACCCAACUACUGAAUUUAGGAACUGUCUUUCUGUACCAUAUGUUGGUCCUGAACACUUUCGAGCCAAUAUUCUGGCGGCAAAGUUGGUCGAUAUUAUCAAAGAGAUAAGAGUUCAAUAUACAGAAGAAACAUCUGGAUAUCAACAUAAAUGUGAAAAUGACAUGGGCGCUCAUAUCCCAAAUGAGGCUGCUAUGUGCAUUUUCUUCAUAAAUGGAUCUUGCAAUAAAGGCAACAAUUGUAGCUUCUCCCAUUCUCUUCAAGCCAAAAGACCUGUAUGCAAGUUUUUCUUUUCUUUUCAGGGAUGUCGUAAUGGAAGCUCAUGUUUCUUUUCUCAUGAUCUUGGCCCAACCGUUUCAUCAUUUAGCGGGCCAAGUCUGCCAGAAGAUGAAGAUGUUAAUGCUGCUUCGCUUCUUCGGUUGUUACCCACGGCUCCUGAUGGAUGCAUUCUUUUAUUGGAUGAUACUGAUUUACAUUUCUCCUCCAAUCUCUCUGUCCACUAUGAUGCAAGUAGGAUGGUUUCCACCACGUGUCUGUCAUCCACCUCCAUAUUUGCUGCUUCACUAUCAGAUGUCAGAAUAUUGUGGGCCCUGAGUCACCCAGACCAGACAAUUCUUUCGAAAGCAUCAGAAAAUUCUGUCCCGUGGAGAGAAGUGCAGUGUGUCCUAUGGUUUGCCAAGUUUGCUGAUGGUAAUGAUAGACUGAAUUUGGAAAAGCAGCGUGCCCUUGUACAGAACUUUUUUGAAAACCUUGCCAUCAGAAUUUUGGUAGACACUUUGUAUGGGGUGCGGGUGAUCCUAACCAUGAACAACAUUAGAUUUUCACAUUUACAGGUGGAAAAGUUGGGCAGAGAAUGUUUCUUCUUCCUAACUGAGUCAUUCCCGUUUGAUGAAUCAAGUUUCGGGGAGUUCUACGACACAUUCACCACCAAGAAACCAAUGAUGGUGUCGAGGCCCAUCUGUUACGUCUUUGAUCUCCACCCACCUACUGACAUUCAGUUUGGAGAUUAUGCUGCCACAUUUCACAAGCAUCUACACGGUAGCCAAUGAGAGAUGGACAAGUUUUGGCCUGGAAUGUUCAUAUAUCAGUACACAUUCCAACUUUCAAAGUUCAGCGUACUGCGAUCACUUGUAAAGUUGUACAGGGAAAAUCGGUAGCAUCCGAACUGCAAAGUGAUGUAAACGGCAAGCCGAAUCUCUUGCUAAUUAAAUAGAAAAGUCACGAGGACUAUCAAUGUAAAUAGAAGCCUAUCUUAGUUCAUUAGUUCCUUUCAUUUGGUGGUUUGAUAA